AGGAUAUCUAGAUCUAGUGACAAAAUGGUCUACGCCGAACGUACCGACAAGUGCCUGAGCAGCACUACCAAGGACAACCAGUCCACGAAGGGUCAGAACCACUCCAAGUCGAGCAGCGGCUCCGGAUCGGGUUCGGGAUCAGGAUCGGGAUCUUGGAGCAGUCAAGCAUCGAGUGCGGACAAGUGGAAGUACAACAACAUGGUGAAGAACGAUCGCCAGCAAUUCAAUGGGAUGCAUUUCUCCUAAAUGCUGUACAAGAUCCAAUUGAAAUGUUCCUCUAGGAAUGUGGGGAGCCUUGAGAAGCGGGGAAGCUGGGGGCUGAUAACGUUGUUAUUUCUGUUUGGUUCAGCAGGGCCACUUUAGGUUAGUUUUGUUAGCCAUUUUAUAGACUUAGGUAUUGCUAUGUGAUAAAAGAAAAGAAAUUAUUAGUAGUCCAAUUGGCUAAAAAAUUAAAUCAGAAGAAGAUGCGCAAAAAAAA